ACACACACACAGUACGCCGGCUGGCGAACAAAGCCCCUGGCACUGCCAAUAAAGACAAACCAUGCCUCCGUGCUUAGCCUCUCCUCUUUUCACGCCACUGUGAAGGCCAUUCUCGUCGCCUUUCCUUAUCAGAAAGACGCCAGUUUUUAGAGGAAGACGUGUCGUCUUGAUAUAGUGGAAUAUUUUUUGUCUUUUCUGCUGCUGAUGAGUUGAGAUGCUGGCCGAGCGCAGAGAGAACAGCAGGGCUGCUUUUGCCCUUACAAAGCCGCUCAAGAUGAACAUGGUGAAGAGGAUCAUGGGGCGGCCGAGGCAGGAGGAGUGCAGCCCCCAGGACAAUGCUCUGGGCCUGAUGCACCUGCGACGCCUCUUCUCCGAACUGUGCCACCCUCCUCGCCACAUGACCCAGAAGGAGCAGGAGGAGAAGCUCUACAUGAUGCUUCCCGUAUUCAACAGGGUGUUUGGCAACGCUCCACCCAGCAGCAUGACGGAGAAGUUCUCCGACCUGCUGCAGUUCACCACCCAGGUCUCACGGCUCAUGGUGACCGAGAUCAGACGAAGAGCCUCUAAUAAAUCCACAGAGGCAGCCAGUCGCGCCAUAGUCCAGUUCCUGGAGGUGAACCAGAGUGAGGAGGCGAGUCGUGGCUGGAUGCUCCUGACCACCAUCAACCUGCUGGCCUCCUCCGGACAGAAAACGGUGGACUGCAUGACGACCAUGUCGGUACCCUCCACGCUGGUAAAAUGUCUGUACCUGUUCUUCGACCUGCCUCACAUGGCCGAGGCCCCAUUAGGCCCCACCCCGCAGGCCCCACCCCCACCGCCACCACCACCCAGCCAGGAGAAGACCCCAGGCCAGGGCCACACCCAGCAGGAGCUGCCCCUGGCUGACCGCAGAGUGCUGCUCCAGAAAGUCUUCGUCCAGAUCCUGGUGAAGCUCUGCACCUUUGUGUCUCCGGCUGAAGAGCUGGCCCAAAAGGAUGACCUCCAGCUGCUGUUCAGUGCCAUCACCUCCUGGUGUCCCCCCCACAACCUGCCCUGGAGGAGGAGCGCGGGGGAGGUGCUGACCACCAUCUCCCGACACGGCCUGAGUGUCAACGUGGUCAAAUACAUACACGAGAAGGAAUGCCUGGGUACAUGUGUUCAGAACAUGCAGCAGUCGGAUGAUCUGUCACCGUCUGAGAUUGUGGAGAUGUUCGCCGGCCUCUCCUGCUUCCUCAAGGACUCCAGCGACGUGUCCCAGACCCUGCUGGACGAUUUCCGAAUGUGCCAGGGUUACGCCUUCCUCUGCGACCUCAUGCUCAGACUGGAACAGGCCAAGGAGGACGAAUCGAAAGAUGCACUAAAGGACCUUGUUAACCUGGUCACCUGUCUGACAACUUAUGGGGUGACGGAGCUGAAACCCGCCGGCCUGACAACCGGAGCUCCCUUCCUGCUGCCUGGCUUUGUUCUCCCGCAGCCUUCUGGGAAAGGCCACACAGUGCGUAAUAUCCAGGCUUUUUCGGUGCUUCAGAACGCCUUCCUGAAGGCUAAAACAAACCGUCUGGCGUCCAUGCUACUGGACGCCAUCGGAAACAUCUACUCCUCCGAGCCGGCCAACUACUUCAUCCUGGAGUCGCAGCACACCCUGUCGCAGUUUGCAGAGCGUGUGGCCAAGCUCCCCGAGGCCCAGACUAAGUAUUUUGAGCUCCUUGAGUUUGUCGUCUUCAGCCUCAACUACGUGCCGUGCAAAGAGCUAUUCAGUGUCAGCGUGCUGCUCAAGUCGAGCUCGUCUCACGCCUGCACAAUCACGGCUGUCCGGACGCUGCUGAAGCUGUCCAGGCACGACCCGGUGUUCAGCGACGUUCUGCGGGAGGUCGGCCUGCUCGAGGUGCUGGUCAACCUGCUGCACAAGUACGCUGCCUUGCUCAAAGACCCGGCCACGCAGCAGCAACCACACAAUAAUGACCAAGCUGACUGUAAAAACAACCCAGUAGCAGAGGAGCAGAAGCAGUCGGCCUGGCUGGUGAUGGAGACACUGACUGUGCUCCUGCAGGGCUCUAACACCACCAACACUAAUGCAGCUCUGUUCAGGGAGUUUGGCGGCGCUCGUUGCGUUCACAACAUCGUGAAGUACCGGCAGUGUCGGGAACACGCCCUGCUCAUCAUCCAACAGCUCGUCCUGUCGCCCAGCGGAGAUGACGAUAUGGGAACACUGCUGGGCCUCAUGCACUCGGCACCGCCCAGUGAACUACAGCUGAAGACUGACAUACUGCGGGCUUUGUUAGCGGUUUUGCGUGAGAGCCACCGCACCCGGACGGUGUUCCGCAAGGUGGGCGGCUUUGUCUACGUCACCUCUCUGCUGGUGGCCAUGGAGCGCUCACUGUGCCAGCCGCCGCGACACGGCUGGGAGCGCGUCAACCAGAACCAAGUCUUUGAGCUGCUGCACACCGUCAUCUGCACUCUCACCGCCGCCAUGCGCUACGAGCCCGCCAACUCACACUUCUUCCGCACGGAGAUCCAGUAUGAGAAGCUGGCUGAUGCUAUAAGGCUGCUGGGCUGUUUCUCAGACAUUAAGAAGCUGGGUCCCACAAGCGUUUUCCCCUCCAAUGCUCAGCCUUUCCAGAGGCUGCUGGAGGACGAGGCUGCCCCUGGAGGCUGCGCAGGAGACAGCGUCUGUCCCACACUCAAACACUGCAGCAAACUCUUCAUCUACCUGUACAAGAUGGCCACCGACUCGUUUGACAGUCGUGCGGAGCAGGUUCCUCCCUGCCUGACUCACGAGACCUCGCUGCCCUCACCGUGGGGCACGCCAGCACUCGCCAGGAAGAGACAAGGCUACUACGGUACGUCGGGUCCUCCCGCCCCAGUCAAAGCCCUGACAGACCUGAAGCUCCACUUAGCCAACACCUCCCAUCCCGCUUCCUCCUCGUCCUCGUCUGACAUGGUGGUCAUCCACCCAGGGGCCGUCCUGGCCAUCCUUGACCUGCUGCCCUCCGUCUGCUCCGACAGUCAGCCAGAGCAUGCCCUGGACCUGCAGCUGGCAGUGGCCAACAUCCUCCAGCUCCUGGUGAACAGUGAGAGGAACCAGCAGGUGCUGUGUGAAGCUUGCCUCCACCAGCGGCUGUUGCAGCGCUGCAGCCAGGCCCUGGGCGAUGAGGACCACCCGCUGCACCCUCCGCUGCAGAGGAUGUUUGAGAGGCUGGCUUCGCAGGCCUUGCAGCCGAUGGCACUCCGGGAGUUCUUGCGUCUUGGAAACCCUCUGAACUGCGGCGCCUGGGACAAGAAGCUACUGAAGCAGUACCGGGUUCACAAACCCAGCUCUCUCAGCUACGACGCCGAGAUGAGAAACAGUAUGACCAUGUCCAUGGAGGGCUUCGGUCCUGACAGCGUCUUCGCCACGCCAGCGGAAGACAACGGCCAGUAUCGCAUCAGCCGCAGCCUCGUGCGCUCCGCUGAGGGCAGCACCGUACCCCUCACCCGAGUCAAGUGCCUGGUGUCCAUGACAACGCCCCAUGACAUACGCCUGCACGGCUCGGCCGUCACGCCUUCAUUUGUGGAGUUCGACACCUCGCUGGAGGGCUUCGGGUGCCUGUUUCUGCCCAGCCUGGCUCCACACAACGCUCCCACCAACAACACCAACGCCUCAGGUGUCAGCGACGGAGCAGUGCUGAGCGGGAUGGGUACAGGGGAGCGCUUGUUCCCUCCUCCGUCAGGCCUGAGCUACUCCACCUGGUUCUGCGUCGAGCGUUUCAGCGCGGCUCCACAGGCCCACCCGGUGCGACUGCUGACCGUCGUCCGUCGGGCCACGUCCUCAGAGCAACACUACGUCUGCCUGGCGGUGGUGCUGUCCGCCAAAGAUCGCUCGCUCACCGUCUCCACCAAGGAGGAGCUGCUGCAGACCUACUCAGCGGAUGAGUCGAGUGAAGAAGCCUCCUUCUAUGAGAUCCUUCCCUGCUGUGCUCGUUUCCGCUGCGGCGAGCUGAUCGCCGAGGGCCAGUGGCACCACCUGGUGCUGGUCAUGAGCAAAGGCAUGCUGAAGAACAGCAUGGCCACGCUGUACAUCGACGGCCAGCUCAUCAGCACUGUCAAGCUUCACUACGUCCACAGUGCACCAGGCGGCUCCGGCUCCACCAACCCCCCUGUGCUGAGCACUGUGUACGGGUAUGUGGGGACGCCGCCUGCACAGCGCCAGCUCUCCAGCCUGGUGUGGCGCCUGGGGCCCAGCCACUUCCUGGAGGAGGUCCUGCCCGCCACCAGCGUCGCCGCCAUCUACGAACUGGGACCCAACUACGUGGGCAGCUUCCAGGCCGUCUACCUGCCCUGUAAAGACUCAAAGACAGAGGGAGCACCUGCCUCCCCAGUGGCGUUGGUACCAGAGGAGAAGGUCUCCUUCAGUCUCUAUGCGCUCUCUGUCACUACUCUCUCUGUGGCCAAGAUCAGGAAAGUCUACAACAAACUGGACAGCAAAGCUAUCGCCAAACAGCUGACUGUGUCCUCUCAUGAAAACGCCACUCCGGUCAAGCUGAUUCAUAAUGCCGCCGGCCACCUCAAUGGGCCAGCGCGUACCAUUGGAGCCGCUGUCAUCGGAUAUUUAGGCGUCCGUGUUUUUGUGCCCAAACCCGUGGCCACCAACCUGCAGUAUGUGGGUGGGGCGGCGGCCAUCUUGGGCCUGGUUGCCAUGGCGUCCGAUGUGGAGGGGCUGUAUGCUGCUGUCAAAGCUUUGGUGUGUGUUGUAAAAAGCAACCCUUUGGCCAGUAAGGAGAUGGAGCGCAUCAAAGGCUACCAGCUCCUGGCUAUGCUGCUGAAGAAGAAGCGCUCGCUGCUCAACAGCCACAUCCUCCACCUCACCUUCUCUCUGGUGGGAACAGUUGACAGUGGCCACGAGACCUCCAUCAUUCCCAACUCCACCGCCUUCCAGGACUUGCUCUGUGACUUUGAGGUCUGGCUCCACGCUCCCUACGAGCUCCAUCUGUCUCUGUUUGAGCAUUUCAUCGAACUGCUGACAGAAUCCAGUGAGGCGGCUAAAAAUGCCAAACUGCUGAGGGAGUUCCAGCUGAUCCCCAGACUGCUGCUGACCCUGAGAGACACCUCGCUGUCCCAGCCGACCGUAGCUGCCAUCAGCAACGUGCUCAGUCUGCUGCUGCAGGGCUUCCCCAACCCAUAUGAUCUGCUGAGGUUUGGCCAGUUCAUCUCCUCGACUCUUCCCACAUUCGCCGUGUGUGAGAAGUUUGUCGUCAUGGAAAUCAAUAACGAGGAGAAGAUCGAUGGAGUUAAUGACGAUGAUUUUGGCGGUCUCCUGUCAGCCAACCUCAUUCUGCUGAGAAACCAACUGCUGGACAACCUGCUCAGACUGCUCUUCACCACCAAAGAGAAGUGCACAGUCAAUGCCCAGGCGUGUGAAGAGCUAGUGCGGACGCUGGGCUUUGAUUGGCUCUUGAUGUUCAUGGAGGAACACCUUCACUCGAGCACGGUCACGGCAGCUCUGUGGAUCCUGGUGGUGCUGCUCUCCAACCAAUCCAUCCUUAACCGCUUCAAAGAGGGCCUUUGUGGAGGAGGCUGGCUGGACCACACCGACUCUGUCCUGACCAAUAAGAUCGGCACAGUGCUGGCAGACGCCUCUCCAGACUCUGGCAACGCUUUCCGUCGGAGUUGGCCAUCGUUCAGUAAACAGAAAGCUGCGCAGUUUGUGCGCCUCACUGCCAAGGGCUUCAACGUGGGCCGCAGUGCUGGUGGGCGCUCAACGGUGCGAGAGAUCAACCGGGACGCUUGCCACUUCCCAGGAUUGCCUGUGCUGCAGACCCUGCUGCCCAAACACACCAACGUGCCGGAGCUCUACUUCCUGCUCAUGGCGCUGUUCCUGCAGCAGCCCGUCACCGAGCUGCCAGACAGCCUGCAGGUACAUUUUGACCUGGACUCCCUCUGGACGUUCAUCUUUGGCAUACCGGCGUCCAGUGGGACAGUAGUGGCCUCCAUCCACAAUGUGUACACAGAGGCGGCCUUCCUGCUGCUGGCCAUGCUGCGCAGCAUGCUCAACCUGCCGUGGCAGUCAGAGGAGGAAGGCUCCUGGCUGAGGGAGUACCCGGUCACCCUCAUGCAGUUCUUUAGGUAUCUUUACCACAACGUGCCCGACCUGGCACCGAUGUGGCACAGUGCAGAGUUCCUCUGUGCCCUGGCAGCAUCUGUCUUCCCUUUCAACAUCAGGCCCUACUCUGAGAUGGUCAGUGAUCUGGACGACGAGGCGGGGUCUCCCACCGAGGAGUUCAAGGGCUUCACUGGGGACUCGGGUAUGAACCGCAGCCAGUCUGAAUACUGUAACGUGGGCUCCAAGACGUCCCUGACCAACCACCCAGCCAAGAAGUACGUCUUUGACUUCAUGAGGGUCCUGAUCAUGGACAACCUCUGUAUGACCCCGGCCAGCAAGCAGACACCCAUCAUUGACCUGCUGCUGGAGGCCUCCCCGGACCGCUCCACUAGAACUCAGCAGAAGGAGUUUCAGUCCAACAUCCUGGACGGCGUCAUGGAGCAUCUUCUGGCCGCUGAUGUCCUUCUAGGUGAAGAUGCCUCUCUGCCCCUCAGCAGUGGAGGCAGUUAUCAGAUUCUGGUCAACAACGUCUUCUACUUUAGCCAGCGGGUGGUGGACAAGCUGUGGCAGGGCAUGUUCAACAAGGACUCCAAGCUGGUGGUGGACUUCAUCGUGCAGCUCAUAGGACAGUCUAAAAGGCGUUCCCAGGGCCUUUCCCUCGACACCAUCUACCACUGUCUGAACCGGACGGUGCUCUACCAGCUCUGUCGACCCCACAAGACGGUAGCCCAGCAGGUGGCCCUGCUGGACGCCCUGCGGGUCCUGACCGUCAACCGCAACCUGGUGCUCGGGCCGGGCAACCACGACCAGGACUUUGUGGCGUGCCUGGCUCACUGCUUUAUCUGCCUGCACAGUGGGAGCAGCGUGGAGGGCUUCGGUCUGGAGGCGGAGGCCAGGAUGACAACCUGGCAUGUCAUGAUGCCCACGGAGAACGAGGCUGACGCUACGCACAGCCAUGACGUCAGCGAGGGGCGGCAGCUGCUGCUGAAGGCGGUGAACCGGGUGUGGACGGAGCUGAUGCACAGCAAGCGCCAGAUGCUCGAGGACAUAUUCAAAGUGUCUCUGCCCUGCAACGACAGAGGCCACGUGGACAUCGCCACGGCCCGACCCGCCCUGGAGGAGCCGGCCCUGAAGAGCUGGCAGAACCACCUGGUCCAUGAGAAGAAGUGUAUCAGUCGUGGUGAGGCGGUGGUGCCGGCAACCCAGUCCAAACUUUCCAGAGUCAGCAGCGGCUUCGGCCUCUCCAAGCUGACCGGCGUCCGCCGCAACAAGAGGGACAACAGCCUGAACAAGAACAGCCUUUCGGCACAGGAGACUUUCCAGUGGAUGUUCACACACAUCGCUGUUGUCCGAGACUUGGUGGCCAUGCAGUAUAAAGAAUAUCAAGAGCGGCAGCAGAACGCCCUCAAGUACGUGACAGAGGAGUGGGCGUCCAUCGAAUACGAGCUGCUGCGUGAACGGGGGCUCUGGGGCCCACCCAUCGGCUCCCACCUGGAUAAGUUUGUGCUGGAGAUGACGGAGGGGCCCUGCCGGAUGAGGAAGAAGAUGGUCCGCAAUGACUUGUUCUACAUCCACUACCCAUACAUCCCUGAGAUGGAGCCAAACACCAACUCAGCACAGAAGCCUCUCCGUUACCGGCGAGCCAUCAGCUACGACAGUAAGGAGUACUUUGUGCGUUUGCUGUCUGGAAACCCUGGCAUGUACCAGCACUCCGUGGAGCACAGCACAGAGGGAGAGACCACGCAGCAUGAGCCCGAGCACGGAGAGGACACCAUCGCAAGAGUCAAAGGCCUGGUGAAGGCUCCUCUGAAGAGGUCUCGGUCCACAGCGGACGGGGCAGACGAGGACAGUCAGGAGCAGCUUCAGGAGCAGCUGUUGGAGUCAGGAGGCCCGGAGGAGGAGCAGAGGACCGACAACACGUCCCUGCUGCGCCUCCUGGAGGAGGGAGAGAAGAUUCAGCACAUGUACCGCUGUGCCAGGGUUCAGGGUCUGGACACCAGCGAGGGUCUGCUGCUGUUUGGGAAAGAGCACUUCUACGUCAUCGACGGCUACACCAUGACCGUGUCCAGGGAGAUCAGGGACAUCGACACGCUGCCCGCCAAUUUGCAUGAGGCCAUCAUCCCCAGAGGAGCGAGACAGGGACAGAGUCUACUGAAGAGAACCUGCAGCAUCUUCGCCUACGAGGACAUCAAGGAAGUGCACAAGAGACGCUACCUGCUGCAGCCUAUGGCAGUAGAAGUCUUCUCAGCAGAUGGGAGAAACUACUUGUUAGCCUUCCAGAAAGGAGUCCGCAACAAAGUUUACCAAAGGUUCUUGGCAGUGGUGCCUUCACUGGCCGACAGCUCAGAGUCGGUUUCAGGCCAGAGGCCCAACACCAGCGUCGAACAAGGAUCUGGGCUCCUCAGCACGCUGGUCGGUGAAAAGUCAGUGACUCAGAGAUGGGAGCGAGGAGAGAUCAGUAAUUUCCAGUACCUGAUGCAUCUGAACACGUUGGCAGGACGAUCCUACAACGACCUGAUGCAGUAUCCCGUCUUCCCCUGGAUCCUGGCCGACUUCGACUCAGAGGAACUGGACCUGAACAACCCCAAGACGUUCCGUAACCUCGCCAAGCCGAUGGGCGCCCAGACUGACGACAGACUGACACAGUACAAGAAGAGGUACAAGGACUGGGAAGACCCCAAUGGUGAAACCCCAGCAUACCACUACGGCACGCACUACUCAUCAGCCAUGAUCGUAGCCUCUUAUCUUGUUCGGAUGGAGCCCUUCACACAGAUCUUCCUCAGACUUCAGGGAGGUCAUUUUGACCUGGCUGACAGGAUGUUCCACAGCGUGCGUGAAGCCUGGCUCUCGGCCUCCAAACACAACAUGGCCGACGUCAAAGAGCUCAUCCCCGAGUUCUUCUAUCUGCCCGAGUUCUUGCUCAACGCUAACAACUUCGACCUGGGCGCCAAGCAGAACGGCACCAAGCUGGGUGACGUCAUCCUGCCGCCUUGGGCCAAGGGCGACCCCCGAGAGUUCAUCAGAGUCCACAGAGAUGCGUUGGAGUGCGACUAUGUAUCGGCCCACCUCCACGAAUGGAUCGACCUGAUUUUCGGCUACAAGCAGCAGGGUCCGCCGGCCGUGGAGGCGGUCAACGUCUUCCACCACCUGUUCUACGAGGGUCAGGUGGACAUCUACAACAUCAACGACCCGCUCAAAGAGACGGCCACCAUCGGCUUCAUCAACAACUUUGGGCAAAUCCCCAAACAGCUGUUUAAAAAGCCCCAUCCUCCUAAACGGGUACGCAGCAAAGCCAACGGUGACAUCACGAGCAUUCCUCCAAAUUUCAACAGCGACAAGAUCUUCUUCCAUCAUCUGGACAAUCUCAGACCUUCUCUAGCACCUGUCAAAGAGCUGAAGGAGCCUGUGGGACAGAUCGUGUGCACCGACAAGGGCAUACUUGCCGUGGAGCAAAACAAAGUUCUGGUUCCCCCGACCUGGAGCAAGACCUUCGCCUGGGGCUAUGCCGACCUCAGCUGUCGUCUGGCUAACUAUGAAUCUGACAAGGCGUUGGUGGUGUACGAGUGUCUGUCCGAGUGGGGUCAGGUCCUCUGUGCCAUAUGUCCAAACCUGAAGCUGGUUAUCACCGGUGGCACCAGCACCGCCAUCUGUGUGUGGGAGACAGGAGCCUCCAAGGAGAGGGCCAAGUCACUUACACUCAAACAGGCAUUACUGGGCCACACGGACGCCGUAACGUGUCUGACAGCAUCGUCAGCGUACCACAUUAUUGUCAGUGGCUCGCGGGAUCGAACCUGCAUCAUCUGGGACCUUAACAAGCUUUCAUUCGUCACGCAGCUCAGGGGACACCGGGCACCCGUCUCUGCUCUGUGUAUCAAUGAACUGACGGGGGACAUCGUGUCCUGCGCAGGCACAUACAUUCACGUGUGGAGCAUUAACGGCAGCCCCAUCGCCAGCGCCAACACCUUCACAGGGCGCAGCCAGCAGAUCCUGUGCUGCUGCGUCUCGGAGAUGAACGAGUGGGACACGCAGAACGUCAUCGUUACAGGACACUCGGAUGGCGUUGUCAGGUUUUGGAGAAUGGAGUUCCUCCAAGUCCCAGAAACCCCUGCUCCAGAGCCGGUAGAGCCAGAUGUGCCUGACUGCUGUGGUGAGGAGAAAAUCGAGGGUGGCGAGACUCACAACGGCGACGAGGACAGCAGCGAGUCGGACGGAGACGAGCCCAGUCUGAGCCAGGAGCCCAAAGCGCCACGCAACCCCUCGACAGGUGGAGGCAGCCAACCGGGCAGCGCCGUCCACAAACCCAGAGGUCCUUCAGCCCGAACGGGAGCUUCGUGGUCGAUGGACAGCAGCUCUGACGACUCUCACCGCUGGUCAGACACCCUUAGCAUCGACGAGAAGGACGGCUUUGUGUUCGUCAACUACUCUGAGGGCCAAACUAGGGUCCCUCACCCUCACCCUCAUCCUCACCCUCACCCGACUCAUCCAGGCCAGGGCUCAGUGCCACAGCCCUCCACCAUGGACGCACGGACGUAUAACCAGCUCAGGGCCGGCUACAGAUGGGAGCGCCAGCUUGUCUUCCGGAGCAAACUCACCAUGCACACGGCAUUUGAUCGCAAGGACAACGCUCAACCAGCAGAGAUCACGUCCCUCGCCAUCUCCAAGGACCACAGUAAGAUCCUGGUGGGCGAUGGUCGCGGCCGAGUCUUCAGCUGGUCGGUGAGCGACCAGCCGGGCCGCUCGGCGGCCGACCACUGGGUGAAGGACGAGGUGGUUGACAGCUGCUCCGGCUGCACGGUGCGCUUCUCCCUCACCGAGCGACGCCACCACUGCAGGAACUGCGGGCAGCUCUUCUGCCAAAAGUGCAGUCGCUUCCAAUCAGAGAUCAAAAGGCUGAAGAUCUCGUCACCGGUGCGAGUUUGUCAGAACUGUUACUACAACCUUCAACAUGAGCGAAGCGCCGAGGACGGCUGCAGAAACUGAGCUCCACCUCCACCCGGAAGAAACCCCCAUCCUGCUGCGGACUCGGAAAGUGAGGAGCAUUUCAUUCCUCCAACUGCCUUGUCGUUCCCUCAACGCCGCUCACGUAUCCCAAAACGCUCUCCCUCCAACCCCCCCUUCUAUCCUAUAUCUCGUACGUCCAGUAACCAACAUGUACUGUAACACUGACAGCUUGUAACAGGAGGGAAAGUCGGCUGUCUCAGCAAACGAGGUGGGGAAAAAAACGAUGAAAACAGAUUGAAAGGAAAUGGAAAAAAAACAAACAAAAAAAAACUCAAUCACCACUUUUACCACCUGCACUCACCUGGAGGAAGAAAAAAGAAGAAAAAAAACCUUGAUUCGGCACGCCUGAAUCAAUCACUCACCAUUUUUGCUUUGAGACAGGGAAACAGGGAAAACUCCUUCCUCUUUCACCGUAAGACAUAACAAACUUGUUAAUAUUGUAAAUACUUAUCAUGGCCUUUUUAACUGUAAGAGGAACAGACAGAACAAAAGAUAAGGUCAAUGAGGAAAAAACAAAAACAUAUUGCCUGUAACAUAGCGUUGUGACUAACCACUCCUGGCUUUAAAAAAAAAAAGAAAAGAAAUUGAUUGUGUGUAGUCUGCGUCACGAGUCACGGCGAGUCCAGAGGAAGGGAUAUGAAUGUCAAUAAUUAAUGUCUGUGGGUUGACUUUACUAGUGAGUCUAGUUAUGCAAAAUUACUUAUUUUUAAUUUCCUGAUCAUUUUUUGUAGUUGUUGUUUACAAAGUUUAUUUUCUGCGUGUUGCCCACAGUGUCAAGCCAUCACCAUCAUAGAGAGAUUUUGUAUCCCUUUUUUUUGCCAAAUUGUUUUGAUGUAUAAAUUAUGAUUUUUUUUUUUUUCUUUAUAAUCGGUCCUUUAUAUGAAUUCCCAUUUGGAGAAUUGUUGUUGCUGCUGUCUAAAGACUGGACACAUUAUCAUUUCAGAUUUUACUUUGAUUUUAUUUUUAAACCAUAUCGCUCAGUUUAUUUCAAGAUCAUCAUGGGUUCAUCAUCUGUG